AUGGCAACACUAUUUAGGCCUGCUGCUGCACCACCAAAGAAGGCUGCAGCAGCAGCAGCCAAACCCCCGGCAGCAGCAAAAGCAGCAGCAAAACCAGCAGCAGCAGCAGCAAAGCCCAGUGCUGCUGCAGCAAAGCCGAAAGCUUCUGCUGCUCCUGCUGCUGCUGCAAAGAAACCGGCAGCAACAGCAAAACCAGCAGCAGCAGCAGCAAAGCCAGCAGCACCAGCAGCAAAACCAGCAGCACCAGCAGCUAAACCAGCAGCAGCAAAACCAGCAGCAGCACCAGCAGCAAAACCAGCAGCAAAGCCAGCAGCAGCAGCAGCAGCUAAACCACCUGCAGCAGCAAAGCCAGCAGCACCUGCUGCAAAACCAGCAGCAGCACCAGCAGCUAAACCAGCAGCAGCACCAGCAGCAAAACCAGCAGCAGCAGCUAAACCAGCAGCAGCACCAGCAGCAAAACCAGCAGCAGCACCAGCAGCAAAACCAGCAGCAGCACCAGCAGCAAAGCCAGCAGCAGCACCAGCAGCAAAACAAGCAGAAGCUCCUGCUGCAAAGCCAGCAGCAGCAAAACCAACAGCUAAACCAGCAGCAGCAGCAGCAGGUAAACCAGCAGCAGCAGCAGCAAAAUCAGCAGAGGCUCCUGCUGCAAAGCCAGCAGCAGCACCAGCAGCAAAACCAGCAGCAGCAGCAGCAGCAGCAAAGCCAACAGCAGCAAAGCCAGGAGACGCAGCAGCUAAACCGGCAGAGGCAGCAGCAAAGCCAGCAGCAGCAGCAGCAAAGCCAGCAGCAGCAGCAGCAAAGCCAGCACCACCAGCAGCAAAGCCAGCAGCAGCAGCAGCAGCGAAACCGGAAGCAGCACCAGCAGCAAAGCCAGCAGCAGCAGCAGCAAAGCCAGGGGAAGCAGCAGCAAAGCCAGCAGCACCGGCAGCAAAACCAGCAGAAGCAGCAGCAGCAAAGCCAGCAGCACCACCAGCAGCAAAACCAGCAGCAGCUGCUGCUGCAAAACCAGCAGACGCAGCAGCAGCAAAGCCAGCAGCAGCAGCAGCAAAACAAGCAGACGCAGCAGCAGCAAAACCAGCAGCACCAAAGGCAGCAGAAGCAGCAGCAAAACCAGCAGUACCCCCAGCAGCAAAGCCAGCAGCAGCAGCAGCAGCAGCAGCAAAGGGUACAGCAGCACCUAAGGCAGCAGAAGGACCAGAAGCAAAGCCAUCAGCACCAGCAGCAGCAGCAGCAGCAAAAGCAACAGCAGCAGAAGCAGCAGCAGCAAAACCAAAGGAUGCUGUAAAGGAAGCAGCAGCAGCAAAACCACCUGCAGCAGCAGCAGCAGCAGCAAAACCGGCAGCAGCACCAGCAGCAAAACCAGCAGCAGACACAGCAGCAAAACCAGCAGCACCACCAGCAGCAAAGCCAGCAGCAGCACCAGCAGCAAAGCCAGCAGCAGACACAGCAGCAAAACCAGCAGCAGCAGCAGCAGCAAAACCAGCAGCACCACCAGCAGCAAAACCAGCAGCAGCACCAGCAGCAGCACCAGCAGCACCAGCAGCAAAGCCAGCAGACACAGCAGCAAAACCAGCAGCACCAGCAGCAAAGCCAGCAGCAGCACCAGCAGCAAAGCCAGCAGCAGCAGCAGCUGCCGGUGCAGCAAAACCAGCAGCAGCACCAGCAGCAAAGCCAGCAGCACUAGAAGCAAAACCAGCAGCAGCAGCAAAACCAGCAGCAGCAUCAGCAGCAACUAAACCAGCAGCAGCAGCAGCAGCAGCAGCAAAACCAGCAGCAGCAGCAGCAGCCAAACCAGCAGCAACAAAUGCAUUUAAACCGGCAGCAGCAACAGCAGCAAAGCCAGCAGCAGCAACGACAGCAGCAAAACCAGCGGCAGCAAAACCAGCAGCAGCAGCAGCAGCAGCAGCAGCAAAACCGGGCCCAACAGGAGCAGUGAAAUUAGCAGCAGCAGCAGCAAAACCAGCAGCAGCAGCAGCAGCAAAACCAGCAGCAAAAUUAGUAUCGGGUAAGGCAGCAGGACCUGCAGCAACAGCAACAGCAGCAGCAGCAGCAGCAAAACCAGCACCAGAGGAUACUGCUGCAGCAAGUAAACCAUCAGAAGCACCACCAGCAGCAGCAGCACCAGCAGCAGCAGCAGAUGGAGAAGCAGUAGCAGCAGAAGGAGCAGCAGCAGCAGCAGCAGCAGAGAAGAAGGUUGCUGCACUACAUCCAUUAGUGCUGAUGCGCCCGCCGCUGCUGCUGCUGCUGCAGAGCGUAGAGAGGAAGAUAAAGGAGGAAGCAACAGCAGCAGCAGCAGCAGCAGCAGAUGCAGCAGCAGCAGCAGAAGCAGCACAAGAUGCAAGAGCAGCACAAGCAGCAAAAAUUGCACAAGCAGCAAGAGCAGCAAAAGCAGCAAAAGCAGCAAGAAUUGCAGCAGCAGCAGCAGAUGCAGCAGCAGCAGCAGCAGCAGGACUGGAUAUACAAGAAGAUUUUUAUAUAAAUAAACAAAUAAAUAUAAAUAAUUGCUGCUGCUGCAGCAACAGCAACAGCAGCAGCAGCAACAACAACAACAACAACAGCAGCAGCAGCAGCAGCAGCAGCCCGCUGCUGCUGCUGCUCGAUUUGCUGCAACAAAAUUUAG